CACAAGAUCUUCAAAGUCAGUGAUCAUGUUUAACCUGGAAUCUGCUGGAGCGCUCCUGAUUGUGAUCAAAAUCAACCUGUCGCAGCAGGGGGCUGAUUCAGGGGUUCAGAGCAUUGAAAGAGCCAGCACAGGGAGGAAUGAACAACAGUGGGGAACAGUUUACUACUGAUGUAAACAAGGCAGUUAAUCCAUCAGCAUCCAUUUGAAAGCAGGGAAUGGUCGAGAAAAAGCAGGUUAUGAACAGAGGCAGCUUUCUCUCUGUAUAGACGGUAAUAGGUGUGGGACCCGACUGUCAGGGACAAUGAAUCACACCUCAGCUGUCACAAUAUUCCUCAGCCGCUGCAUCGUCUUUGUUGCCUCUGUCUGAUCAUUCUGUUCCCACUAUUGAUCCAUGCAUCCUCAGCGUCCUCUUCCUCAGGCCAUGCCUUCAUCCUCUCUGGGACAGAACCUGCGGGACAUGGUGCAGGGUCUAGGUAAAGCCAAGAACUUCUUUGGAGGAAACUUCUCAUACAGUUUCAUCCAGUCUGUAAAGGAGUGUCUGUAUUUUCUCCUCUGCUGCUGGUGCAUCAAAGAAAUCCUGGACUGAGCCGAUUGAGUCAAGUGGCUGCACAUUGAUUUUUCCAGUUUCUCCAAUGGCUUCUUGUGUAAUUUUAACCAGCUUUUACUGCAUCAGAACUGCUGUGUUUGAACAACAAUGCUGGCAAAGCUUUGGCAAGUAUGAUCCAUUAUAUCGUGCACUAUAAUAUAGCGAUGUUUAUAGUCUACACUGCUAAAUUUUGGGUUGCUUUCAUUAGAGCAAUUGCUGAAUCAUUUUAUCUUAACACAUAUCUCACACAUUUUUGUGUUUUCCAGGAUGUUCUUCCUGUGUUCCCUGGAAACAUUGUUUAGGUGCUACAAACAUUUAAUGUGGGCCUAAUGGGUUCCGAAAUUACCCGGUGAAAUAAGAUCUUCAGCAGAACAACACUUGUGAUGUUCCCUACACAGCCAUACAAACUGCUGUGAGAAUGAAUAAAGAGAGUUGUGAAUAGAAAAAUGUUA